AAUCGACCAACCAGAGCACUGCUCUUAGGAAACCCUGUCCUUCAACUUCCUCGCGGGAAGCUAUCAGGAAACUGUUACGGAUUAUUUCGUGCGUCCCUGACACGGAACUGCACGAAGAUGAGGCUAUCUCGAGCCGAACAUAAAGACAUAGUCCGAUGCACUGAGCACCUCAGACCUACGCGUCAGUGUAUGAAGAUACUAAAGGAUAGAUUUCCAAAUCACUCGCAGUCCACUCUUCUGAGCAUCUUCUCCCUGGAGUAUCAGAAAAGGACAAAGAAGACCAUCUCCCGACACCAUGCACCAGAUGUCAUCGAGAGACACUACCAAAGGUAUCUGAGUGCAGCCAAGGCCCACCCUACGGCCCCGGUUCUCCUGGAGUUGGCCAAUGAGGUGGAUCUCUCCCCUGCUCUGAUGGCUCGCGUCAUACUGGACAGGUACCUCCAGGACCCGCAGGGUGCAGUGCCAUCUAAGCCAGUCCUCAAUAGUAUGCUGAAAGAGCCAUCACUGAUUCCAGACCAGACUCUAGCCAAGCACAUCUACCAGUGCACAAUAAAUGACUGCUGUUAUGGACCGCUGGUAGACUGCAUCAAACAUGCCAUCGGCCAGGAGCACGAAGUCUUGCUGUGUGACAGGCUGAAAGAGAGGAACCUAUCCUUUCUGGAUGAAAAUCAACUGAGAGCCAUGGGCUACGACAAAACACCAGAUAUUAUACUAGAGGUGCCAAUAGUUGUUGAAGGACAUAUUGUCCACUGGAUUGAGAGCAAGGCCUCGUUCGGAGACGACCAGAGCCACUGCACCUACCUCACUGAACAGUUCUGGAGCUACUGUAACAGGUUCGGGCCAGGCCUGGUGAUCUACUGGUAUGGCUUCAUAGGGGAGCUGGACUGCAAGCGAGACCGCGGAAUCCUCCUCAAGGAAUGCUUCCCCACUGACAUCGUCACACUUUGCCAUGGCGCCCGCCACGAAGGCCCCGCCCCCCCUGGGAAAAUAACAACAACGCCGACGACAACAACCGCAGAAGAAGAGUCGUCUUGAUUGACAGGUCAAGAGAGUUUGGCGAAAGAAUGUAAUGGCGCCUGGUACAUGGGUGGGGGGGAAGGGAGGUAUAAGAGAAAAGCAGAGGAAGGGAGGUGGAGAGGAAGGGUAAACGUGGAGCUAUGCAGGCUGGGAUAGAUGGAUCCGGAAGCAAUUUAGUCUUCCUGCAGUGGGAGACUACCAGCAAAAAAAUAUAUUGCCCUGAACUGUAACUGACCCUCUUUCUAUUUCCAAAUGUUUUGUUUUUUUUACUUGGUAUCUCCCUCUGACCCACCCUGUUCUCUCUCUCUCUCGCUCUCGCUCUCUCUCACAUUCACACACACACACACACACACACACACACACACACACACACACACACACACGCAGCCGCCAUUCUACACAUCUGCCAUUCGCCCCCCGCACCACAGUGUGAAGCCCUGUCGUGAACCUUUCCAGGUUGCAGCCAGCUCCUUGGCCUCUCCGAGUAUCCAGACCAGUCGAGGGGGGGG